UUUAUAUUCUAGUUUGUAUAUAAAACCAAAACAUUUUAUAUUAGUUUGGUAAUUCGGUUUAACACUUUUCUCAUGAAGCAGAGUGAAUGAAUAUUGCAAAAAGAAUUGUUAAGAAUUAAAACAAAAAAGUGAUAGAAACAAAUAAAUGUGCGUCGCAAGCAAAAUUUUUAUAUGUUUACUAAAAGAUUGUGUUAUAAUAAAAUAAUAUUACACAAUACGAAAUAAGGACUCUGCCCAUGUAUGACGAAGUUAAGACACUGAAAGCCGGAUUUCAAUUAAAUCUUCAUCUUUACUCGUAACAUAUUUACUUUUCUGCAAAAUAAUAUUUGCGUCGAUUAAUAGUUUUUUGUUUUACCAAAACUUCAAAAUUGCGCCACAUAAUCUGAAAUUAACUACCUCCAUGCCCGUCUCUGCGAUCCUUGAACCGUAUUAUAAUGAUGUUAACGCAGCGUUACGUGAAUCUUUUAGCAGAAGUUAUGUCGCUUUAAAUGAUUCAAAACCUGGAAGUUCUUCAUUAAAAACGAAAAACUCUAAAAGUGCUGAUAAUAUACAUAGUAAGUUAAUAUCAUCAACAAAGCGUAUACUUAUCUCAUCAUUAGAAUACGAAGAAAUAAAAAACUAUAGUGAAAACAUAUUGGAUCCAUUGAAAAAUAAAUAUGCAGUUUUAAAUCAAAUGGUCGAAAGCUUUAAUAUGGAUAAUGGAAGUGUUUCUCCUACCCCACGUAUUAAAAAUGGUCUUAACGGAGGGGCCACCGACUCAAAAAAGUUUCAGCACAUUCCUUCAAAUAAUGAUGGAAAUGUUAAUGGAAGCAAUUCCCAUAUUCAUAAAUAUAAUUGCAAUGUAUUUGAGCUGCCUAAACCCAAGAGAGUACUUUUUCAACGUGACGAUGUAAGAGUUGGAUGGAAAAACGGAACGCAUAGAUGGCAAAUUGGAGUCGGUAUGUUAAAUGUUGGUAACACAUGCUAUCUUAAUUCUACGCUGCAGGCGCUUUUUCAUUUGCCUUCGAUGGCGAAUUGGCUGUUAUCCGAUACGGAGCACCAGGAGGAAUGCGACGCCGCUGAUAUGAAUUGCAUAAUAUGUGCAAUGGCAAAAACUCUACAAGAAUCACAAACUCAUCAAUCAGCCAUUCGCCCAUAUCGGGUUUAUUCAAAACUUAAGCUAAUAUGCAAACAUUUAGUAAUGGGUCGACAGGAAGAUGCCCAUGAAUUUAUGCGCUACCUCGUUGAAGCAAUGGAAAAAUCUUACUUGUCGCGCUUUCGGAAUCAUAAAGAAUUAGAUCAAUAUAGCAAAGAAACAACGCCUUUAAAUCAAAUCUUAGGUGGCUAUUUGAAAACUGCUGUACGGUGUCUGGCCUGUGGACAUGUGUCGGUAACAUUUCAACACUUUCAAGAUUUGCUGUUAGACAUUCGCAAAGCUGAUACCAUCGAAGAAGCCUUAGAAGGAUACUUUUCACGUGAACGACUAGAAGACAUGGGCUACAAAUGCGAAUCCUGUAAAAAAAAGGUAUCUGCAACUAAACAGUUUUCAUUAGAGCGCGCACCAAUAGCGCUAUGUGUACAAUUAAAACGUUUCUCAAUGCUGGGAACAAAAAUACAUAAACAAAUAACUCUUAAGCCCAAACUUGAUUUAUCGAAAUUUGUAUCUCGUAAAACGACUGGUGAACAACUCACUUACAAACUGGUGUCAAUGGUUACACAUUUAGGAGCUUCACAGCACGGAGGUCAUUAUACCGCGAUAGGACUUACUGAAUCAGGAGUCUACUAUAAUUAUGACGACAGUUUUGUGCGACCAAUAAAUGUACAAUCUGUGUGUAAUACAAACGCCUAUAUUAUACUUUAUGAAUUGGACAGUAUAACUCCCCGACAAGUAACUAGUACUCAAAUUAGUAACGGAGAUAUAAAAGAAAACCUUAAAAAAACGAAUGGUUACAUAUCGAAUAACGCCCAUCGCAUUAUUGGUCCUCAAUUGCCAGGCUUAGGAUAUAAUAAUUGUUCGAAUAAUGCAAGUAUCAAUAAAACACCGGAGAACUGUUAUUCAUAUACUAAUGGUGGAACAAAACUUGGUAUAAAUAGACAAAAUGGAAUUCAAAUUAAUAAUAACAGUAAGGUACUGAUUCAUUUCAAAAAUAACUACGCGGCGACAAAAACUAGUACGUCUUCCCCAUCAACAACUUUUGUAACGUCCACAACAGAAAAUAGUAACUGUGAUGGUAGUGUUGCUAAUACACAAGUGCAAAAUGGUUUUCAUACAGGAUCUUGGAAGUUUCAAGAAUCUUUAUGUGCCAAAGCAACAUUAUCUAAUACAUCAGGUAAAGGAGAAGCUUCAAAAUUUUCAAAUAGUCAUGAAAGUUCCUCUUCAUUUUCUUCAGAUAACGAAAAUGAAGUCAGUUCAUCUUCUCAUAUGGUAAAUAAAGCGUUAAGCUCAAAAUCUUCACUGCCAAGUAUGCCGAAACUUUCAGAUAGUGGCAUAUCUGAAACAAACUCACAAUCUAUUGGGAAUGUAAAGAAAAAUGCAACCGCCAUAACAAUACCAAAAAAUUUACAUAAAAGUCUUGUUCCCUAUGAAUCUGAGUCUGAUGAUGAACAGGUAUCUGAAAUAACUCAUCUCAAUAAAUCUGUAAACAGUGAACUUGGUGCUAUAAAACGUUGUUCAUCAUCAUCGCUUUCAAUAAAUGACCAUCAUGAAAAUAAUUAUAAAGAUUUUAAAAUUUUAACAGAAUGUAAAACAAAAAAAUCUGUGUCAUCAUUAGGAAAUGGCAUAACACCUAACUUAAUUAAUACAAAUAAUUGUAGUAAUUCACAAUCCAAAAGUAAAACUGCUAAUGAUGCAAUCGAAGAAAUUUUUAAAAAUAAUCAUAAUAAUCCAAUUCAAAAUAAUACUUUACCAACUUCCAUAAAGAGAAUGAAGCAACAAGCCAUUGUAACCUCAACAACACAUACAGUUGAUUCAGAUAAGGAACAUGAAAUAUUUAAAGAAUAUCCUCGAUCGCCAUUAAAAAGGUCUCAGUCUACACCACCGUCACCGCCAGUAAUCAAAACCAAAACAGGAUUUUGGCAAGUUACUUCAUUAAAUUCAACCACUGCCUCAACAAACCUUGUUGAACAAAAAGUUACUAAAAAUCCGAAAAAUCCAUUCGCAGUAAAAAUUAAUCAACCAACACAAACAAAAAAACAGAAAAUGUCAACAGAUAAAUCUUUAAAGCGUUCAAAUUUGACUAACAACGGGUACACAGCUGAUACAGGUGAUAAUUCCUCAAUUAGUGAGCUACUUUCGCAAUCGCAUCGCGGUUAUGGUGCGCCCGUGCUAACAUGGAGUGGAGAAAAAGCAUUAAUCGAAAAAGAGGUCAACCAUGAGCUUCGUGACCAACGGCAAAGAGAUUGGAAUGAAGAUGAAGACAAUGAUAUGGAUCGUGGUCGUCAGAAAAAGAUAAAAUCUAAAAAAACAGUUAAUGGCAAUUGUAAAACGGAUGGAUAUAAUCCUUUUCAGGAACAUGAAAACCAUCGUCGAUGGAAGUCACAUACACACCGCUUUCAUCGCGGCCAUUUUCGUCGGCAAUUUCAACGUAAUAAAUAUAAGUUCCCAAAAUUCAAUGAUAAAACACAACGUGCGCAUCAACGCAACAAUAAUGUUAUUCACAACAGACGGAGCUCUUAACAGUUCGAUGGAUAGAAUAUUUCUUUUUAUGCCACAACUCAAUUAUAAUAAUUCGACCUAAAUGAAGCCUGUUCUUAUACAUAUAUUAAU